AGCUCCAACAAACGCUGAAAGUGUUAAAGAUUUAUACUCUUGAGGUCAUAUUUUCACUGCAUAUUUAGCUUACGAGAACAUAUCGGUACCUAGCUAACCUGGUCCCCAUGUGAUGUUCUACGUAAAUAGAGGUCACUCGGAGGUGGCGGCGCGGGCGCGGGCUACAUCAGUAUCAGCCCGACCAUGCUCAAAGUCGGGUUUCUGGGCGGCGGGCGUAUGGCGCAUGCGCUCGCCAAGGGGUUCAUCUCUGCAGGGUUGACAAAAGGAGAAAACAUAAUCGCAAGUUGCCACCCCGAUGAUGUAGCACUCGCCGAUGCGUUUAAGGGCAUAGGCAGUACAGUGACGUUCAAAAACACAGAGGUCGCACGUGGUAGUGAAGUCAUUAUAGUGUCCACAAAGCCAAGUGUUGUCCCCACAGUACUCACUGAGGCACAUAGUGAUAUCUCCACCCGGAACCUCAUCAUCUCUGUUGCCAUGGGAGUCACUAUCAAGCAACUGGAAUCUCUGUUGCCGAAAGGUAGUCGUGUGGUACGUGCUAUGCCCAACACACCGGCACUUGUCAAGGAAGGUGCGUCAGUGUUUGUAUGUGGUUCAUCAGCGACCAAGGAGGAUGCAGGGUUGACCAAGAAGUUGUUUGAGGCAGUUGGAGUCUGUGAACAAGUGCCAGAGUAUCUCUUGGACGCUGUCACUGGCCUCAGUGGUUCAGGACCAGCUUAUAUAUACGUGUUGAUCGAGGCACUGGCGGAUGGUGCAGUGCGCAUGGGUAUCCCCCGAGAUCUAGCGUACCGUCUGGCAGCACAGACCGUGGUAGGUGCUGGUCAGAUGGUUCUGCAGACCAAGCAACACCCAGGAAUCCUGAAGGAUAAUGUCACUUCCCCGGCUGGUUCGACCGCAGCAGCUCUGUACCACCUGGAGAAGAGCAAUUUCCGCUCUGCUGUCAUAGGAGCUGUGGAAGCUGCUACUAACAAGAGUAAGGAAAUAUCAAAGUCCAUGGAAAACUGAAAAUAGAUGGUCAACUUCUUUAUAACUGAUUCUAUACAUCUCUAUAUUAUUUCGUAGCAUUUAUUUAAAUUUUAAGUGUUUCAUUAUAUUACUACAUGUAUAUCAUUUUAUGUAUUUUACUUGUAAUUUGGUGUUUUUUAAGAUAUUCCACAUGCUUACACAUUAUGCAUUGAAAUAUUAGUCUGUAAGUACGUCCAUAUAUGAAGGAUUAGUAUAUGUUAUAUCCUUGUGUAUUAGUGUAAGUUAGUUCUAUAUGUUCAUUAUAUAUUUAGUUUAAAAUGUAGUGACAUUUAAGACAAUUUUUUUUUUAAGGGCCUCGUAAAAUAAUAUUCUGAACCUAUUAAGGUAUAUCCAUAAUAAUGGAUAUUUAGUGUGUAUAUUAUUGAGCGUAUAGUAUCAAUACAUAUAUAAUCGGCAUUAUAAAAUGCGUAGCUUAGUUAGUUAUAAAAAUACCUUUGAACGCAUAAAACAGUCCAAUGCUAAGGAGCAAGUUUCUUAUUAACUAUUAAAAAAAGUUCAAAUAACCACUAAAAAAAGUUGAGAAAAGAAUCAGCUUGGGAUAUUUUGCAGCUCUGAGAAACUACAUUAUGUGUAAUACUCACUUUAUGACAUACAAAUAUACAUUUACUAACUAACCCAGUUGUGGUGGAAACAACUAUGUAAUAAACAAAAUAGAAGUGGUAGUUUGGUUUCCACUAAAACUGAGUUAGUUAUAAAUAUUGUUACACAAACGAUUUUUGUUUUAUUACUAUGUGCCUAACUUACAACCUUACAGAAAUUGUUGAAUAUCACAAGCUGACUUUGAAAAGUUCAUAAUUGGUUGUAUGAACUUUUCUAAUAUAUUUAUUAGAAAAUCAUACUCCUAAAACUUUAGGCAUGUUUUUGUUCUAUUUGGUGGCCAGAGUUACCUAGUCCUAUCUCAGCUUAUACAUUGUCGUUUGCGAGAUGAACUGAUUUUUAAUAUUGUAAAUUAUUUUGUGGUGGCAAAAAUGUAUUAUAUUGUCCACAUUUGUUUGUAACAUAGUACAGAAUUUUUAUUGCAAUGAAGUUUGUUCCAUGUGUAAGAAAUAUUGCAAUUUACUAUAGAAUUAUAUUUUAUAAAGUUGAUGUUCUUAUAUCGUAAAUUAAGACUUAGAAUAACUACAUGUAUAAAAUGAUUAGUUGUAAUGCACUAAGCUUAUUAGGAGGCAAGAAACGAAUAGCCUGUGAUAAAAUUGUAAAUAAAAGAUAAAUGUUAUGUCUGCA